AUGUCGUCAGAGUUAAAAGAUAGUUACGUUUUCCCAAGGGAUCACGUCGAUAACAUUCGAAUAAACCUGCAGCAUUACCUUUGGGUGGCGCAAUUCGGAUACCUUACACAUCCAAAAAUUCCCCUGAAUGGCGCUCACUUGAAGAUUGCGGAUGUUGGUACUGGAACGGGAGCCUGGCUUAUGGAUUUGGGGUCUCGGUUGCCCGAGUCGACGCAGCUGAGCGGGUUGGACAUAUCAUCCGACGCUCUGCCACCGGACGAAUGGCUGCCCCCCAAUAUGACUUUCCGGAAAUGGAAUAUCAAAGAUGACGUUCCAGAAGAUCUGGUAGGACAGUACGACAUCGUUCAUGUGAGGAACUUUGUCUAUGUGCUUCAAGAUGAUGAAAUUCCGAGAGUACUUGACAGCCUCGUGAAGUUGAUGAAACCUGGGGGAUAUCUCCAGUGGGGGGAGGUGGACCCAACGUCGUAUCGUAUCACCAAGACCAAACCGGGCAACAGGGUUGAGGAGCUUGAUCGGCUCAUGAAGCUGGCGCUGAGUUCUAACACGCGGCUUACCCCAACGUGGGUCACCAUCCUCGGAACUAUUUUCCAAGAAGGUGGUUUGGAAGGAAUCGAAUGCGACGUCCGCGAGGCUCCGCCCCCACAUAUCAAUCUCGCGGUGCAUGAGUGCAGCCUGCUGAUCCCGGAACUCCUCAUGCGUGCGACUGAGAACAAAGAGCUCGCACAGCGCCUGGCUGACACCAUGCGGCAGGCUCUGGAACAGACUCGGGAGGGGGCGGCGUGGACAUUUACGCGGUUGACUGUUAUCGGUCGGAAGUCAAAUGUAGUGUGA